AAAGCUUUACUUGUCAAUGACAUUUUUUUUAGCAAGAUCUGUUUAUUUUUUUCCAAUAUUUUUUCUUAAAAAUCUGUAACCAUGUGUUUGAUGAACUUUAUGCGCUUUAUGGAUGAACUCGCCGAGGAGCUGAUUGUUGCCAACAAAACCCACGAGGACUUCAUCAACAAGGCGGGCGUGAUAUCUCGUGCGAUCCAGCGUCAGCUUGUCAAGAACAAUGCGGUGUUCCAAAACCUUCUCGGAAAACUCCACACCACAGCUGUUUACGUAAACAAUCUCUUUAUGGAUAUCCCACUGAAUUUUGACAUCUUUCUGCCCAUCCGUAUUCCGGUUCCGGUCAAGUUACGCUUCGAGAAGACGGAACGCACGGUGCAGGUGACCAGAUUCCGUACCCAGCAUCCAUUCUUUUUUGGAAAUGGAUUGAACUUCAAGCUCAUGAAUAUAAUGCUGUCGCAGGAGCUCGGCAAAGUUGUGAAAAAACUGCGCACCGUCAAUGCCUUUGGGGUGAUCUAUGAUCUUAGCUACACCGUGUUCCGGCGUGGCGGUAUACCCUUCCUCCACCAGCUGGUGGCCACAGAGUGUGGCAGCUAUGGAGAGCGUUGUAUCCGUUUUGAUUUUGUCCUGGCCCUAGGCUUUGAGGGUGGGAAUACACCGCUACCAUCUUAUUACGAUGCCCCCAUUGCGGGUCAGUGGCUGGCCUACGGAUUGGCCGGUGAAGAGCGUUCGCCGGAUGACUGGUUUGUUCUGGUACCCAAAUGGAAGACUGCCGAUCCUGGGGUCUGUUUGCGCUCCUCGAGCUCCCUGAUCAUGCUGUACCGCCUCAUGAAAGUCCAGAAGUGUCAGCUCUAUGCCCUGCCCUACUCUUUGAAGUUAAGCUUUGUCUUGGUCACCGAGGAACGGGGUGAAAUGUACCAGAAUAUGAGUGUCGGCGAGAUGACAUUGACGAUUCUCUUUCAUGAGGUUUCGCGUGAUCUGUACCAAGCGGCCCUGGAGCACACCAGACGCGAUCGAUUGAGUCGUUCCAGCAAGCUGCUGUCCAUCCGGAAGCAGCAAAUCCGUGCCCGGGGAAUCUACUACAUUCUAACAGAUUCGGCGCUCAAGGAUUUGAUCCAUAGCGAGUUUGUUUUCGCCUUCUUCUCGCACCUGUACAUCCCGCCGGUGCCGAGCAGUUCCAAAUGGAUUUUGAUCAAAGAGGUGGAUACCAAGGUGGUUCCUGAUUUCCCCCUAGAAAUGGAGUACGGUAUCCCCCUACCGAAACCAAAAACUUCAAAUUGUUCCAACAGUUUACGGUAAGGGGAAUACCCCGAUUCACAGCCAUCGUCUUAGUGUCAAAUCUCAGUAAUUGUACAACUUUAAUUCCCAAAAAAAUAAGUGGAAAUGUCUGAGAGCGAGGCUAAAAACACAGUGAGAUACAAACAAGAAAACAAAACAUACACACACCACCGGAGCGGAGCAGAGACAAAAGUUAAUAAAAGCCAACUAAAAACUAAA